GUGGCCCUUUUCUUGGUAAUUUUAUGGUGUUAACGGUUUACGACUUAUCAUCGUUAAUGACAAAGUUCCAAUUGACCUUCUGACGGAGUAUCAAUUCCUGGAAGAUGAAGAAAAUUAAAGUCACCAUGUCUUCUUAUAUUCUACAGAGGUUUCUCCACUACAGGAGUAUGAGAGAAGUAUUUCGAAGACUGUAGUGACCUAAAUGGUCGGUGUGAUGUUUACUAAAUCUGCAUGGAGUAUUACAUCAUGCCGCAAGUAGACAAAAGUGCGUCUACAUAUUCUCCUCCUGUGCAGUAUGUUCCAGCGUUGCCAUCAAGACCAGAACUCAACAAGUAUGGAGUUUCAAGCGAUAUUCUCACUAGCUGUGAUUGGAGUGCAGUUAUUCACCGUCCUGCGGAGGAUUCUGAACCAGAAGAUCUUCCAUCAACGGUGGACAUGGAUGCUAUCAAGGAACCUGCUACUCCACUACCUCCUUUGACACCAGUCGCUCCUCCAGUAUCUGAGGAUGAGUCAGAAUCUGAUGAAGAAGAGAGCUCUAAUUCCGAUUCUGAUAGCUCAUCUGAUUCGAAUUCGGAGUCUCAAGGGUCGGGUUCUGGAUCUCGGAGCUCUGAUAGUUCAGAUGAGAGUUCUGGCAAAAAGGAAAGUUCUAGCAGUUCAGAAUCACAGAGUACUGCUACAACUUUUAGUAUAAGGGAGACCAAUUUUGACCAGGGAGGUCUCAAAUUGAAAAUUUCUGCUACAAAGCCUAAAACUCCAAAACCAAGAAGUUCAAGUAGCUCCUCUGAUCCAUAUGAUUCUUCAUCUUCCGAAGAUGAAGGAUCCGAUACUAAUCGUAAGAAGCCAGAACCCACAUUACCCGUUCGAACACCGCGAAAAGAAGACAAAGAAAAACAGUCUAUAAAAGUAGAAAAGAAAAUCGAAAAACUUAGAAGAAGGCCUAAGGUGCCAUCUGUUAAGCAACGCGCUCUACGUAAAAGACCACAGAGCCGCCCAUGCAGGAGAUCUCCUCGUGCAAAACCAAGCAAGGAAAGUGGCAGCGGAGCAAGAGGUGGCAGCUCAUCAUCUUCUACUUCAUCGUCAUCAUCAGAAAGCGAUGACGAAGAGGAGGAAGAGCCUGAAAAGAACGGUGAUGACAUCGUUCAACUCGCCCAGCAGCUUGGAGCACCCGAGCACCCCAUACCUAUUUCGGAGCACCUUCAGGUAAUAAAUCAAGAAGACCUCGCUGCGAUCUUGCCAGAUGUGGGGGCAGGCUCUUUGGACGGGUUCGAUGCGAGUGCGCAACCCGCUCCUCCUGAUUCCCUGUCCCCCUCCUCCUCUGAUACGGAACUCCUCCCGGAGCAGGUGGUUUCGGACGCCAUAUCCAGGAUCCAAAUAGAUUCUGAUCCCGGCAGGGAAGAGCCACCACCUUCAUCACACCACUCAACCCAUGAUGAUGACUCUGAACGAGAAGAGGGAGGUGGAGGAUAUUCUUCAAACCUCCUUGAAGAUUUUGUUGAAAAGACUGAAAUGUUGUCACGUGGAGGGGGAGGAUCUGGAGGUGGUGGCGAAGAUAAGAAAACAGAAGCUGGUGCAGCACCAGUGAGAAGAAAGCGAGGGAGGCCUCCAAAACCACGACCUCCUUCGGAGCUCGAAGCAUACCCCGCCCAGAGCAAUGUAUCUCCCGAUUCUGGGAUCCAGUCCGUCGCUGGUUCGCCAGCGCAUCACCCUUCACCUGUUGCCUCACCAGAUCCUCGCCAGAGGCUUAAGCCACCCGUUGCAGUUAAUGAUGAAAUCACGAAAAUGCAAACAACAAAGGGUGAGCUGAGGCUUGAACAUGGCGGAAAAAGAGGACCAGGAAGGCCAAAAGGUUCGGGAAAAAUGAGAAAGAAACGCGGAAAACCUGCAGAAAUAAAGAAGCCUGUUGUUUUACCCCCAGCAGCGACUGAAUUAAAAGUACCUCCCUACAUUGCUGGUUCAAUACAGGCCACUCAGAUCCCGAGUCUACCUGGCAUUUCAAAACGGGGAAGAGGCAGGCCGAAGAAAACUCCACCUGUUUUGGAACCGAUUAUUCCUCAUAAGGAAGUAAAACAAAAGGGCAUUUACCCUCGACUCCCUGUUGGACCCAAAGGUCUCAUGAGAGUCAAGCAGCACAAACACAAGAAAAGAAAACAUCGGCCUCGCGAGCUAACACUUGACCCUAAAUUCAUCGCUGAAGUUGACAAACUUGCUAAUGAGUUUGAAAAAUGUAGUAUUAGCCUUGGCUUUAAGCCUAAGUUUGACGGGGGUAUCCCGUCAGUCUUUCGUGUCAAGAAAGUUCUAAAGAAAAAGAAAGGUAACGAAAGACCCAAAACAAGUGAUAAAGAAUCUGGUUCAGAAGUUAUAAAAGAAGAAGCUGUACAACAGAGGGAGAAGACCGCUGCAGUAGCUGUUUCUCCUGCGCAUUCUUCGGUCAUAACUAAAAAGAGGAUUAAGAAGAGUGCUGUGGAAAUACCAAAGAAUAGAGAAAAAACUGAAACUGCGAACAAUGAACAAAGGCUGCCUCUUAAGAAGAGGCAUUAUCAUAUAUCCAGUGCCACACCUACCAAUAAUGACUCAGCUGAAAAGUCUGACUCUUCAGUCGAGCUAAAUCAAUCAAAAACAGUUGUUAAAGCGAAUCUUCCUCCUGCAGAUAAACCUUUGGAGAAACACAGCACCAAAGGCCAAAUAUCAGCUAAAGGGAACACUACUCCUACUACAAACAGUGGAAAAAGUAUUCAGGUUGCUGCAACCACUUCGAAGGCUAGCGUUCAGGCAUCUUGCAAUAGCUUGAAAAGCCCGACCUCUGUCAUCUCGUCGGGGAAAGGUAAUCAGUCCGUGAUAGCUUCUGUUAAAGGCAACUCUCCCAAACCAUCUCCUGUCGCGGCAGUUGCUACUAGAUCAGCCACGAAAACAGCUUCACCCAUCGACAUAAACCAAGGGAAAGCAGUGACCAAGCCGACUGCCCCAGGCAGUGAAAAAACCUCUGAAAAGUCUCACAGUUCUAAGAGCCAAAUAUCCAGUAAAUCAGCCAGUACCCAUUCACUGAACGUUGCCAAAAGUCUUAUCCAAUCGCCAUCGUUAAGAAACAGGUCACAGUCCCCCUCCACAGCAUCCAAGGGUUCUCAAAGUGUUAUCACCUCUGGUAAAGGUUCUCAAUCAGUGAUAACUUCUGUCAAAAGUAAUUUGGUCAAAUCUGUUACGUCUGCUGCUUUGAUGACUCGUUCAGCAUCCAAAGUUGCUUCCCCAUCUGAUACCAGGAAUACAAUAAAAAAUUCUACUCCUGUAACUGAAAAGUCAAGUGAGAAAAAUGUUUCUAAAAGCCAGCUCUCUUCAAAUAAAACCACAAAUCUCAACAGUGCAAGUAGUAGCAAAACUUCAGUCUCAACCCCAAUCAGUGGAUCUAAAACAAAUUCUCAACCUUUAGCAACUACUCCAAAAGCAUCCCCAAGUGUAAUUAUUUCUGGAAAGAAUGCUCCAACUGUUAUUACUUCUGUAAAAAGUAGUUUAGCGAAGCCUUCCUCGACAACUGGUAGCACGUCUGCUGUUGCUUUAGGUACACGCUCAGCUACGAAAGUUGCUACUUCAAGCCCAGUUUCAGCCACUGUCGCUCCUUCUCCACAGCCAAAAGUAACAGAAAGUGUGACAACUAAAGUCAAAGCCGAGAAAAAACCUCCAGCUGGAGUCUUCGAACCAUCUGCUAAAGUAGGUGGGGCUGAAGCUUUAGAAAAGAUCAUAAAAACUCCUGAAAUACCUGUAAAAUGUGUCGAAGAGGUUAUAUCAAAAAUAAAGGAAAGGCUUCAACCUGUGAAAGAUCUGGAAGGGAUAAGUGUAGAAGUUGAACCGGUUCAGAUAAAACGUAAUCUAGACGAAGAUGAUAUUAACAAACCGAAAAAGAGGCGAGUUAUUUGCGAUGUUAGAGUUCAUGUGACGAAACUAUCCCAAUCUGAUUUUCCAUUACAGGAUGUUUUAACCACAAUGGGCAAACACAGAUUGAAAAUGAAAAGAAAAAAGUCCAUAAAUAGGACGGGUUUUCCAGUGAAAAAGAAGAAGAAGAAGAAACUCCUGUUAGAACAUCCUGGAGAGCAGAGGGUUUCAUCUUCCCCACCAGUUCUCGAAGAUCAAACCAAACUAUCUAUUGUUACUUCUGUUAAUGAUUCAACUCCAGCUCUAUCUCCUGUUGCUAAACAAGAAGCCCAGAAAGUAAAAGAUGAACCAAAAGCUGAUAUUAUCGAUCCUAAAUUAUUAAAUCCUAUCUGCAUUAUAACUCCUGUGCAAGAGUUGGUGAAAGAAGAGAGUAAGAGUUGUCAGCCGAGUCCGUGCUCUAUCGAUAUUAAAAUUCAAGAAGAAAAAUUUGAAGUUCCAGUAUUUGAAGAUAAACCUGUUGCUGAUAGCAUUACAGUUUCUGAGACCAUUGAAAAAGAAAAUGAUACAAAAGAACAUGAAGAAAUAGCUGUUGAAAAAACCGAACCAAUUGAAAAAACUAAAACCGAAAGCAUUACUUCUGAAGAAAAAUUGGAAUUGAAACCUUCCAAUAAGAGAACGAUGGAGCUAAGAUCAAAAACAGUUGCUAGCGAAAGAAGGAAACGGAAAAGUACUACGGAAGAACCAGAAAACGAACAAACUGAAGUUGCUAUAUCUUCUACUUCGGAAAUCAAAACAUCAAUUUCUAAGCGAUUGAGGCGACACAAGGAAGAACAGGACGACAGUGAUGCUGAUUCGGUGAAACUCCGGAGAAAACACCCUCCAAGAUGGAAGAAAAAGUAUUUACCUGCUGGGCUUUUGUCUGAUUACUUCAAAGAGGACGAGCCUAGGAAACCAAGCACGAGUGAUCCUAUUAAAUUUCGUACGACGUACAAUCGUGCUGAGCACGAAUUUGGGCUUUUACCUCCACCCGCUUACUGUUCGAAAUGGGUAAGGCAGAGAAAGAUCCACUUCCAACUUCCUUACGAUCUUUGGUGGCUACAUAUGAAUAAUCAACUUCCUGGUAGAGAUUCCGUUCCAUCCUGGAACUACAAGAAAAUAAGGACUAAUGUUUAUUUUGAUGUAAAACCAACGUUGAGCUACGAAGCUCAAUCUUGUAGUUGCAAGCCUUCCUCUGGUUGUGGGGAAGAGUGCAUCAACCGCAUGGUCCUUGCGGAAUGCUCACCACAGUUCUGUCCCUGCAAGGAAAAUUGUUCGAAUCAAAAAAUUCAAAAGCACGAAUGGGCUCCUGGUUUGAUGAAGUUUAUGACAAAAGAUAAGGGAUGGGGAGUCAAAACGAAAUACGGUAUCAAGAAGGAUGAUUUUAUUCUUGAAUAUGUUGGGGAAGUUGUCUCUGAACGGGAAUUUAAAGCAAGAAUGGCAUCUCGCUACCAAAAUGAUACUCAUCAUUAUUGUCUGAAUCUUGAUUCAGGUCUUGUUAUCGAUGGGCAUAGAAUGGGAGGAGAAGGUCGAUUCGUGAACCACUCGUGCGAACCCAACUGUGAAAUGCAAAAGUGGUGUGUGAAUGGUUUGUUCAGAAUGGCUCUUUUUGCUCUUCGUGACAUAGACGCAAACGAAGAACUCUCUUAUGACUACAACUUUGCUCUGUUUAAUCCAGCCGAAGGACAGCCAUGUAAGUGUGGUUCUUCAAAGUGCCGUGGUGUAAUUGGUGGAAAAUGGCAACGUGUCGCUGUACAGAGAUCUGGCACACCAUCUGUGUCUGUGUCGGUAGUCACUGAAGAGAAUAAACAACCUGGUCAAGUCGGACGUCCUAGGAAAAACAGCAAUAGGAGAAAGACGACUGUUAUCGACAAGAAACAAACCAAGCCUACUAAAGAUACUAAGGCUUCUUCAAAGGAAUCUUGCAGCGGGGCUAACGCUUUAGCUACAGUCGCAGCGAGGUUAAAUCACUUAACUCCAGUAAAACCUUUAUCUCAUCAACAGAAAACUUUCGUCAGCGCCCACAGAUGCUUCUUGAUCAGGAACUUAGAAAAGGUCAGAGUUUUGCGUGAACGGCUAAAACAAGUCGUGAAAGGAGGAGUUGCGCCAAGUGUUGUCGCUCCAAGCCCCGCAGCUCCUCCUCAGCAACAGGUUUUCCUGACUCAGCUGACGGCUCUGUCUUGCCCUCGUUCUAUCAGAACAAGGCGGCUGGCUCAAGCUCAAGAGAAUCCGGAGAUGACCAAAACUGCUCGCUUGGCCUGUAUAUUCAAGAAUCUCUACACUGAAGUGGUCAAUGCUAAAGAUGAGAAAGGAGAAUCUCUAUCAACACCUUUUAUGAACCUACCUUCGAAGAAAAAAUGUGCCGAUUAUUAUACAAGGAUUCAGAAUCCUCUUGAUCUUACAAUGAUAGAAUCAAAUAUCACAACGGGUGUUUAUAAAACUGUCGAAUCCUUCGAUGACGACAUGAUGACGGUGUUCAAGAAUGCUGUACGAUGGCAUGGCAGGACGACAGAUCUAGGCAUCGCUGCUGCGAGGUUGAGAAAAAUCUACAAUCUUGCUAAACUUGGCAUUUUAGAAAGUAUCGAGGAAAUACUUGGAACAUCACCUCCUCCUUCUUUUAUUCCCCCGAAACAAGAUCCUGGAGCAGAAGAAGAGGAUGUGAUUCGAUGUAUUUGCGGCCUGUUCAGAGACGAAGGUGUAAUGAUACAAUGUGAGCGAUGUCUAGUUUGGCAGCAUUCCUGGUGUGUGCGAGCGAACACCUCUGCUGACGAAUAUUUGUGCGAGAGGUGCUCGCCACGGUCUGUGGAUCUGGAAGUGCCAGCCCAGCCCGAACAUCAGGACAAUAAUUCCGAUCAAGUUAAUUAUAUUACUCUUCUGAGAGGGGAACUUCAGCUCAAGCAGGGUGAUACUGUUUACGUCUUACGGGACAUUGUCAAUGAAGAAAGUAAAACUGUUCCUAAAGAAAAACAUACAUAUAAGACCAUAAAGAAUUGGAAAUAUACUGAUUGUGAUAUAUUCCGAAUCGAAAGGCUAUGGAAGGACAGCAAAGGAGACAGGUUUGCUUUCGGCCAUCAUUACCUGAGACCGCACGAAACUUUCCACGAGCCGACAAGAAGGUUCUUCCCUAACGAACUCAUGAGAGUACCUCUGUACGAGGUCGUACCCGUCGACUUGGUCAUGGGGCACUGUACAGUACUUGAUCUCAACACCUAUUGCAAAGGCAGGCCGAUCGGAUCUUCUCCUCAGCAUACUUACAUUUGUGAAUAUCGUGUCGACAAAAAUGCCAGGAUAUUUGCCAAAAUUCCGAAGCCCAAGUCGUCGAAUAUCUGUACUAAGAGCUACGCCUUCGAAACCUAUGACGUGAGACUGAAACCUCAAAGGAACUAUGCUCCUCAUGGGCUGGUGAAAGGUGUUAAUCUCAAUCGUGGGCGUGGAUGUAAAAGUGCCAACAAUGAAGAGGCUAGUGCAUCGACCCUUCCUCAACUACCUGAAGAAUCUCCACAAGAAGAAGACCCUGUAGCUAAGAGAGAGAAGCAGAAGACGCGAUUGAACGGUUUCCUCCUAAAGCUGCUGGCCAGGCUUCCGUCUAAAGCCCCCUUGGACCUCUCCUACCUUCUCGAGCCUGGCCGUAGGCAGCGGAAGAAGCCUCCGUUGUUGGCGUCAUGAGAUUGGCUUCUCCUAUAACACGUUGUUACCACCCAAUGCAGUUAAUUAAAACUUAAAAAUGUACAUAUUUAAACACUAUGUAAUCUCCUUCCCAGUGAACUCCACUUUUUUUUUUUUAAUUGUUUCAUUGUAAUUAGUAUUUAUUGAUAUGUAUAUUGUACAUAAAAAAAGAAAAAACAAAAAAAGAGGAGAAAAGUUGUUGAUAUUUAUAAGGUACAAAUCAUUUGUGUCAUGUUUUAUAUAUUUAUUAUUAUUUUGUAGGUAUUUUUCUUAAUUAAGAUUAUGAGUGUUUCAUGUAAUUAUUUUUAAUUUGGUCAAACCAAUAUUAUUAUAAUGUUGAUCAUAGAGCAACAAAUUGUACAUAUUGUAUUGCUAAUUUCUUUCUUCGAGCUUAAAUGUUUUAGUUCUGUUAUUAAUUCUCUUGUAGAUAAAAAUGUUGCUUUCAGUGUCUUCCGAAAGCAUUAUGAGAAUUAUUGAUUAUUAAAUAUUAAAAAAGUGUACAUAAUUUUUAAUAUAUAUAAAUAUAUAAAUAUAAUUUAUAUUUCUAAAGAUUUAAAAAGUAACUAUAUUGUUUGAAUUGUAAAUUGUUAAGUCAAGUAUUUUUUGUGGUUAAUUAUUUUAAAAGAGAAAAAUUGUUAUAAUUGUGUAAAUAAAUAUUUUUCAUACAUAUUAUAUUCUUAAUCUUUGUUUUGUUCGCUCAUCUUAUCAUCGUUUAGAUGAGAGAAAUGUAAUCAUGUAUUAUCGAUAUAUUUUUCCAUCAAUUAAGAAGUUAAUUAAAAUAUGGAAUAAAGUAACAGAAUUAAAAAGUACACCAUGCGCACGAAACGAGUACAAAAUGUUACAUUUGUAUGUUAAAUUAUUUUAAAAAUGUAUGGUUAACCUAGUGCAGAAUGUUUUUAAAAAGAAUAUGUGAAAAGUUUUGUGUUUAUUUUUAUGAAGUCGUUCUUUGACGCUGAUGGUAACGGCAGUUAUUUUCUGCUAUUGUUAGGCUGUAGUUAAGAACCUUUUGAAGAUCGGUUGUAAUGUCAUUAAUGCUAGUCAUAGCCCGUUUUAUAGAUUUUUGUGAUUAAAUUGCAUAUGUUAAAUGUUGUCAUAUUAACUUUCCACUAUAAAACAAAAAAAAAGUUACUUUUACCUUAUUAAGUUUAAAAAAAACUUCUUUUCAAGGUUGAUACUUAUAGCUACUUUAUUCUGCCUUCGUUUUUUUAUUCAUUACUUUUUAAAAUGUUAUUUAUAUGAAGUGUACCACUAUUUUCUUCUGACUCGUUGUUUCUGUGAAGUUUAUCCAUUAAUGAUUUUUUUUCAGUUCAAGAUUAUGUAUUAUGUUCAUGACAUAGGAUAGUUACAGCGCUUCUAAAUAGAUCACACUCAACAGUCGGUAGGCUUCCUAACUGACUUUUAUCUAUUGUUAUUUUAAUAAGUUAAUGUUAUUCUCGCUCUCUUUUUUUUUUUUUUAAUUUUACUGAUUAUCACGGAUUAUACAGAUAAUAAUUGUACAUAUACAAACUCUUUUUCUUAAUUAUAAAAAAAGAAUAUAUUUACGUAGUGAACCAGUGAUCUAUUCAUCGAUAUAUUAUAUAUAUAUGUGCAUUAUCAAUGUUAUUUUUAACUGUAUAAACAUUAGAACAUCAGGAUUGUAAAGCUUUAAUUCUGGCAGUAGUUUUAGAUAAAAUGUUAAUUUAAAAAAGUUAAUUUAUAGAUACUGUACAAGAUUAUCUCAAAACUGGGUUCCAUCAUAGCUUCUUAAAAUUAUGCUACUAUUACUGUUAAUGAAAAUAGCUUUUGAAUUUGAAAACAAUCAAUCUCAGCUAUGUCUUUCUGUUUUAUUUAAAAUUACUAUUUUGGAAAUAGUUAUAAAUAAUUUUACAAUAUAAUUUAUUACUACAUUAGACUAAAAUAUUUUAUUAUAGAUGUACAAAAAUUACAUGAUUCCUGAGCACAUUAGAUCAGUGUGGAUUCAUUUUUUUUUUUUUUUUUUUUUUAAUUUUUCAAUAUGAAAUAACACUUUAGUCAAGUUUAAUCAAGUGUAAGAAUGCAUUUUUGAGAUCUAUGUUUUUAUUUAUUUAUUUUACCUGGUCGAACGUAUCUAUACUUAUCUAAUGUAAUGUUACAUUGUUUACAAUUUACAUUAAAAUAUUUACAGGUUUAUUAGUUGAUAAUAGAGAUUUAGUUAAUUUAUUUUUUAACACAAUUUAAAUAAAUACUGAUUACUUAAUUUUUCUGUAGCUUCACAUAACAUACAGAAUAUAUUACAUAUGUUACUUUGAUAA